AAACAACUGGUUUUGGUGGCAAAUCUUCUUCUCCUUAAGAUUGUUUCUCUUGUUCCUUUAUAGCCCAGGAAGCCCAUUGGGCAGAUUAUCAACCAACAUUGUGGAAGAGAUACAAUUAAGGGCUGAAGGCACAGAUCUCACACCAACAAGAGUCGGUGUUGAUGUCAAACAUGAUGUCAUCCUGGCAAUUCCAAAUAACCCUGAUUAUGAGGAUAUAUAUGUGAAUAAUACUGAAGAAAUUAUGGAGGCUGUUGGUGACCUUGUUGGCUGCACUCUAGACUGCCCGAGUUUUAAUGUCACAGUGAAGCCGACAGUGACGCCUACAGAACCAGAUCUUCAAUCGGUCUGUGAAAGGCUGAAUGAGGAUGCAGAUGUGACUGAUUUCUACCAGGCUGCGGAGGUUAAUAAUAAGGUAACCUGUGUGACUGCCUGCCAUCCGAAACACGACAAGCAUAAAACAUGCUACAACAAGGGAGUGUGCAAAGUGUUUAAAGCCACCGGGCCGCUCUGCCAUUGUGUGGACUUGUCCUCCACCUGGUACCUGAGCGAUGACUGCAGACUGCCCAUACAGAGGACGGCGUUCUUUGCCGGGCUGAGUGUGACGCUCACUGUUCUCUUGGUGCUGGUGGGAGUCCUGGCGGCGUUCGUAUUAAGGAACAAACAGAGGAGAUACAAAGACAUAAAAGACAAGCUGGUGAAUCAGUGGCUGAACGAGGACUUUGAGUGGUCCAGAUCAAACAUUGACGGUGAUGAAGUUUACGGAAACCCCACAUUCACUCAGAGCGAAGCAACCGUCCACUUAGAGGACCUAGAUGUUUACAGACAACCUCUACCUGCCUACCAGCCGACCCGUCCAUCUUCACAGAUUGACUACAGACAGUCAGCGGGCAUGUUCCCCCCGUCACGACAAGCUCACAGACACAUCACUCCUUCUAAUAUUUCUGGAUACUCACAGUCUGCUGGUCCAGCCCGUCAACUCAGAAACUCAGUCAACCAGCCGAUGAGGAUCAACAGGCCUCAGAUCAGGACGUCCUGGGAUGUCUGAGUGGCACGCCAAGAAACUUUGUCUUCGAAAAUAUAACUGUAAAUAAACAAAGAAAACAUGAAAAAUGAUUUGCAGUGUUCAAAAAACAAAUUCACAGUCUAUUGAUCUCAUCUGAGCUGCAGCAGAUCUGCAGGAGUGACGAUUAUUUAUUUUUCAUUCAUCAUCAUGAGUAACUCUUUUCCAAUUACACACCGCCAUUUGAAGUAUUUUUUUAAAAUGAAAGAAUACACAUCAAUAUUUUGAGUUGCUUAGUGCUGUGCUCAUGUUGGAUUAGUGUUGAGUGUGUUGAAAAGGUUGUAAGUACUAUAACCGCUAGUACAGUCAAGACCUACUCUUUCUGUAAAUCGUCUGCUGCUAACAUUUGUUAUGAUUUGGCGCAACCGAUCACAAUCGAUAUCUGAUGUUAAAAUGUGUCUGGACUUGUUCAAGUUUACCAAAGAGAGGCAGUUGUUAUUAUUUGUAUUAUUAUUAGGAUACAAAUUAGUUUUUGAAUAUUGUUAUUUAUUUUAUUUCUAUUUAUAUGUUAAUUGACCAGGUUUGACACAUUCAGAUUAAAGAUCUCUUUAACAAGGAGACCUGGCAGCAAUUCAAAGUUACAAUGAUAAGUAACAUUAAGGCCAUCAGAUCAGAAAAAAUAAGAAGCUGUUUGUAAAUCUGUGCCAAUUGAGGGGUAAACUUUGCAAGUUACUUAAACUGUGUGCAUUGUUUCAUAAACAUUGUGCACAGAUUCAUAUAAUCUGCUACUGUUCUGUAAACUGUGUGCAUUCAUUUAGAGACCAUAUGCACGGAUUUGUAAACUGUGCAAGGAUUUGGGCAAUCUGUGCUAUCAGCCACUGAUAGCAGAUCUGAUUUUGAGCCUCGCACAUGGAUUUGUGAACCGUGGGAACUGAUUUACAAACAGCUUUUUUUUCUUAACUGAGCUUUCAGGGGCUCAGUAUCCCGUGGAAGUUUUUGGCAGCAACACUUUCUUUCCUAAUUUAUUUCCAUUUUUUAGAAUAACAAAUGGCCAAGAGUCCAAAGAACAAAGGUAUUAAUUACCAUCCUUCACCAAGAUUCAGAAAGAGACUCAACUCCCCACCCCUCCCCCCCCCCCCCCCUACACACACACACACACACACACACACACACACACACUACACAACCCAUGGAUUUUAGUACACCAUUAUUUUCAAAGCCAAAAUUCCUUGUAAGUCAUCAUUCUUGGGUUCAAUGUUGUUUACAAGUCACAUAAACUGCUUUGAACUAAAAAUAUUCCAAACUCUGCUAUUCAUCGUUAUGCUGAUGAGUCUCUCUUUUACUGAUCUGAAACUAUAACUUGUCUCUCUCCUCUUUCUUAAUGUUGAAGAAAACUUUGGUCCCUGCAAACCUUCCGACUGCAGGUUAAGAAAUGAUUGUGGUGGUCUAUACAAACCCUGACUUCGGAUCUAAACACACGUUGAACAUAAAUGAAAGACAUAAACAGAGAAAACAGCCGACUACCAGAGUCAGGCCAUACUCUGUGAACUAGGUAUUAGUUUCAUUUAGGAUCUGAUUUUAUAACAGUAAAUGUUGUUUAUUGCUUUUGAUGCACUUUAUGUUAAUAAAAGUUCAUAACUUAAAA